AUGUAUAUCCCUAUCCAGCACACCAACACCCUCGUCUAUCUCCCCUUUAGCGGUAUCACAGCACCGGGGGCCCCCCACCAGGGGCCCCCCGCCCCAGGGGCCCCCCAGGGGGCCCCCCCCGCUCUGUACCCUCAAGGUUCAGGGGCCCCCCACCAAGUAGAUGGGGCCCCCCUGGGGGCCCCCCCUGCCGGAGACGGGGGCCCCCCCCAGGGAGAUGGGGGCCCCCUGGGGGCCCCCUCCCUGGGGGGCCCCCUGGGGGGCCCCCUUGGGGGCCCCCUUGGGGGCCCCCUGGGGGGCCCCCUUGGGGGGCCCCCACAGAACGAGGGGGGCCCCCUGGGUAGCAAGGAUAUUUGUUUUGUGCGGGAGAUGCUGAGGAGAGAGGUUUGCUGCUUGAAGGGGUGGCUGGGUCAGCAGCAGCAGCAACAGCAGCAGCAGCAGCAGCAGGAGCAGGAGCAGCAGCAACAACAGCAGGGAGUGCUGCAGGGGCCUGGUGGUGACGUAACAGCAGCAGCAGCAGCAACAGCAGCAGCAGCAGCAGCAGCAACAGGAGCAGGAGCAGCAGCAGCAGCAGCAACAGCAGGGGGAGGACCCCCCCCACAGACCCUGCAGCAGCAGCUGCAGAGUCUACAGCAGCAGCGUCAGCAGCAGCAGCAGCGUCGCGCAGCAGAGCUGCAACGAGCAGCAGCAGUAUUCUCGCAUGCAGCAGCAAACAACCCCCUUCAUCCUGCUGCUUUUUUGGGGCUUGCUGCUGUUGCUGUGCUGCAGCGCCGCUGGGCCGACGCUCUGCUUCUCUACGCCCGCCUCAUCGCCUAUCUCCCCCCGCCCCCCGAGCAGCAGCAGCAGCAGCAGCAGCAGCAGCAGCAACAGCAGCAGCAGCCGCAGCAGCAGCAGCAGCAGCAGCAGCAGCAGCAGCAGAGUGCAUGCAUGACUGAGGCUGAGUUUGCUGCUGAGCUGCGGUAUGCGGUGGGGUUCUGUCUGCUGCGGCUGGGCCGUGCUGCUGAUGCUGCAGCAGCAUUUAGGAGAGCAGCAGCACUAAACCCCAGCAGCAGCAGCUCUCUUGCUGCUGCUGCUUUGCUUCAUGGGGAUAUAAGAACAGCAGCAGGACUGCAGCAGCAGAUAGAGUUGCUGCUGCAGGCGCAUGCAGCCAACCCCACCGACCCCGCUGUGCUGCUGCAGCUAGCUGGGCGUUUGCUGCUGCUGCAGCAGCAGCAGGCAGCGCGGUUGCUGCUGCAGCAGCUACACAUUCCUCCCUUUUGUUCUUCACUAGCAGCAGAAGCUUCGUACUUAUGGGGUUGGGGAUAUAAGAACAGCAGCAGGACUGCAGCAGCAGAUAGAGUUGCUGCUGCAGGCGCAUGCAGCCAGCCCCACCGACCCCGCUGUGCUGCUGCAGCUAGCUGGGCGUCUGCUGCUGCUGCAGCAGCAGCAGGCAGCUCGGUUGCUGCUGCAGCAGCUACACAUUCCUCCCUUUUGCUCUUCUCUAGCAGCAGAAGCUUCGUACUUAUGGGGCUUGCUGCUGCAGCAGGAGGGUAA